UUUCCACUCCGUUUUCGCUUGCUUUGCAUCGUCAUCAUCCUUCAUCACGCGCGCCACAUCACCCUAGGCUUCCGUAAGCUUUUUGUUAUUCCCCACCUUGUUUUUUGGCCUCUCUGGACCAACCCCGCUGCCUGAAAAGCAACCGCCUGGACACCACACCGGUCUGUAGCCACAACCUUCAGCCACAACAUCAUGCCGCUCUCCGGGAAGAUAGCAUCGUCCUCAGGCAACUACAACGCCUAUCAGCCACAACAAUACCCAGGGCAAGCACCUGCUCCUUAUGGUCAGGGCGCGCAGCAGCCUGGACAACCACCACUACCUUUGCGACCCGGAUCGCAAGCUCCGCCGCAGUCACCUUAUGCACAACCGCCUAUUCCUGCCCCAUAUGGCACACCCUCAUCUCCAUAUCCUCAAGGACAAGCAGGAUAUAGCAGACCGCCUCCACCACCGCCUGGUCAGCCACCUCAGUCUCCUGGGUUUCCACAGUCACCCAUGUCUCCCUCAUAUCCGGGUCAAGCACCACAACAGAAUCGAUGGAGUCAGCCGCCACCUCCCCAACAAUUUGGUCAACAACCACCACCCCAGCAGUACGGUCAGCAGCCAUAUCAACAACAGCAGCAGCAAGGCCAGUGGGGUCAACCUCAACAGCCCCAGUACGGCCAGCCUCCCCAGCAAUAUGGACAACAACCCUACGGCCAAUAUGUUCGUAACCCCACACGUGAUUUCUUGCUUGAUUUAAAGGACACCAUUCGACGAUGCAAAGGACCUCCUCAAGGUCAACAGUAUGGCGGCCCACCACCACCUCAAGGAGGCUUCGGUGGACCCCAAGGCGGUGCUCCUCCGCUGCAGCAGGUGCAAGGUAGCCCCGCUGAAGUCCAGGCCUACAAGCAGCUGCUCCAAGACUGCAUCAAUGAGAAGGGGCUCCAGACAUUCUAUCCCCAGGGCUCACCAGUUGUCGACCAAAUUGCCCAGCAGGCGGCCGGCAAGAUCAACCAGAUCAUCCAGCGCUGGCGCAUACAGAAGGAGAUUGCCAACGAUAUCGUGAAGUUGGCCCUCUACGACAUCGUCCUGUACAUUGACGACAGUGGAUCCAUGCAGUUCGAGGAGGAAGGCUCGCGUAUCAAGGACUUGCGCCUCAUCUUGGAGCGCGUUUCCUUCGCUGCCACCCUCUUUGAUGCUGACGGUAUCUCACUCCGCUUCAUGAACACCGACCUUUCUAGUGCGCGCAAUCAGCGGGGCGGUCCCCUUCAAGAUGGCGUUGCCACCGAGGCUCAGAUCGAACAGAUCAUGUCUGGUGUCCAAUUCAAGGGGCUCACCCCAAUGGGUACUUCGCUCCGCAAGAAGGUCAUUGAUGAGAUAGUGCUCAACAAGGCUCAGCAAGGCCAGCUCAGGAAGCCCGUUCUUGUUAUUGCCAUCACAGACGGACAGCCUGCUGGUGAGCCGCAGAAUGCCGUAUUCGAUACCAUCAGAUACGCGUUCGACACCCUGCAACAGAGGUUCCCGCAGUAUGGCCGUGGCGGUGUCGCUUUUGAGUUCGCUCAGGUCGGCAACGACGAGAUGGCGAAGAAGUUCCUCGGAAAGCUCGACGAAGACCCGCAGAUUGGACCCAUGGUCGACUGCACAUCCAACUACGAGAACGAGCAAGAGGAGAUGUCUCGCGCCAACCCUCCCGUCGACCUCACACCCGACCUAUGGAUUAUCAAGCUCCUCCUCGGUGCCAUCGACCGCUCUUACGACUCCAAGGACGAGAAGACCAACCCCGCCCCCGGCAACUUCGGUGGUGCUCCCGGCGGCUACGGCGGCCCACCCCAGGGUGGCCAGUACGGCGCUCCCCCACCGGGCCAGUACGGCGCGCCCCCGGGCCAGCAGCAGUACGGCCAGCCGCCCCAGGGAGGCCAGUACGGACAGCCCCCGCAGCAAGGCUACGGCCAGCAGCCCGGCGGGUAUCCGCCGCAAGGUCAGCAGCAGCAGCGCCCGCCGCAAGGCGGUCCUGGAGGCUACCCCGGACAGCAGCAGUACGGCGCGCCUCAUGGCUACCCUGGCGGUCCCGGCCGUUAAAUAUUGCUUCUCAGGACAAGAUGAUAUGCGUUUCAUGGUGACUUGGCUUGGUAUCCUUACUGUGUAAUUUGGGAUUGGGUUUUCCUACUUGGGGGUUUGGAUAGCCAGACUGAAUGGUCUAAUUUGGGCGAUAUCUGGUAGUCUGAGGAAUGAAAGAAUGAUCAAGGUCACUAGCCAGCUCACCGUGAGCUUUCUGCAGCUAAAUUUUGCACAUGCUAACUGUGUCAACAUUCCGUUGGACACUCUGCCAUCAAAGCCAAGUAGACUUGAAUCACUGCCGACUGUGCGUGUUACGAUUGUUUGUU